ACGAGGGGAGGAGGGAGGCAGGGCCAAGAUGGCGGCGCCCUGUGGGCUAGAGGAGCCCCGAGUGGUAAACAGCUGAGGUGCAGAGGAGGAGGGUGAUCAUGAAAGGUGCCGGAUUGACAGCACAGGAAACUGAAGUCCUACUUGUCCACAGAACAGUUUGGUAGGGGCACCAAUGAGGAACCUGAUGAAGUUUUAACUUGCACAUUCACGUAACACGUGCAUAAGCCUAUAGUGGUAAACAGAAUGGCCCAGCAAGCAAAUAUUGGUGAGCUCCUCUCUAUGUUGGAUUCUUCAUGUCUGCUCGUCCUGGAAGAUAUAACAGCUGUCUUCAAAGAUAACCUCAAUUCUGACCGUGGACCUAUGCUUGUGAACGCCCUGGUAGAUUACUACUUGGAAACCAAUUCUCAACAGGCAUUGCACAUCCUGUCCACACUGCAAGAGCCUCAUGAAAAGCAUCUACUGGACAAAAUUAAUGAAUAUAUUAGCAAAGCUGCUACCCGUUUACCCACUCUGUCACUGCUGGGCUAUGUGAUAAGACAACAGCCAUCUUGGAAACAUAAACUUUCUCAAGGACCUCUCUUGCUUUCUUUACUUAAGUGUCUUAAGACUGACACAGAUGUAGUAGUACUCACUACUGGUGUCCUAGUGUUAAUAACCAUGCUGCCGAUGAUUCCACAAUCUGGCAAACAGUACCUUCAUGAUUUCUUUGGUAUCUUUGGCCGUCUCUCAUCUUGGUAUUUGAAGAAUCCAGGUCAUGUGGCAGAGAUCUAUCUCGUCCAUCUCCAUGCCAGUGUUUAUGCACUCUUUCACCGCCUUUAUGGAAUGUAUCCUUGCAACUUUGUCUCCUUUCUGCGCUCCCACUACAGUAUGAAGGAAAACCUGGAGACUUUUGAAGAGGUGGUCAAGCCAAUGAUGGAGCAUGUACGAAUUCAUCCAGAAUUAGUGACUGGAUCCAAGGACCAUGAACUGGACCCACGAAGGUGGAAAAGACUAGAAACUCAUGAUGUUGUGAUAGAAUGUGCCAAAAUCUCCCUGGACCCAAAAGAAGCCUCAUAUGAAGACAGCUAUUACUCUGUGUCACAGCCAGUCAGCAUAUGCUUCCAACAUCGUCAAACUGAUCCCAAUGCCAGUCCUUACAUUGACACACACAGCAGCUAUGGGACUUCCACUUCUACCCCUUAUUCUGCUUCUAGGCUAACUCUAGCACAAAUGCAAGGGCAGCUACCUCAGAUUCUGAGCCCACAGUCUAUGCGACUGUCAACUGAGCCACAGCAGGUUACCAUCUGGAGCCCCUCUGCAAUUUGUGGUAUGACCACUCCGCCAACCUCCCCAGGAAUUGUUUCAUCGGAGUCCUCGCAUAGUUCAUCACAGCCUUAUAGCAAAUAUUUUAGCACGCCUGCAGGUGGAAAAGGAACCCCAUUAGGAACACCAGCCACCUCACCUCCUCCAGCUUGCAUUUCAGAUGAUUUUGUGCAUAUUUCACUCCCUCCAGCUGCUGCCACGCCUCCCAAGAAGGAGGACAAAUUGGAUCUUGGAAGGCCUUCACUAUCCAGACAGCAAAAUGUCAUAAACAGUGAGAGAGCAUCAGAAGUGCCUGGCAGUAAAAGUUCUGUAAAUUUAAGUGAUCUUCCAGAAUUUUUAGGUUGCCUGGCCUCUGAUGAAGAUAGUGUUGAGAAGGACAGAGAAGAAGAUGCAAUAUCAAAAGAGAUCUCUGAGAUCACUACAGCAGACGCUGAGCCCGUGGUGCCUAGAGGAGGCUUUGACUCUCCUUUUUACCGCACAAGUGAGAGUCUACCAGCCUCUCAAAGGAAGCCCCAUUCAGUAGCCUGUAGUGUUCAAGGACACAGUCUGAGCUCUGAACCAGUAGCCUCUUCUCUGGAUAAACUUGGGCAUGAGGGUGCACAAGACACACCUAAACAAGCAUUUACUCCCAUAGAUAGGCCCUGUGGAGCCUCUGAUGAAAACCCUGCUGGUAACAGGGAAGGCCAAUCCUCUAUGGAGACCAGUAUCUUCACUCCCAGCCCUUGCAAAGUACCAGCACAGAGAAGAGUGGGGUUUGGGAGUGGGCAGCCUCUCUCAUAUGAGCACCUUUUUGAGGUUGCAUUACCAAAGACUGCCUACCUCUUUGUUAGCAAGAAGACUGAGGAGCUGCUAAAGCAAGUCAAGGGAAACCAGAAUGAAGACUGCACAUCCUCCACCUCUCCAAUGGAAGUACUGGAUAGACUGAUACAGCUAGGAGCGGAUGCACAUACCAAGGAGCUCAACAAAUUGCCUCUGCCAAGCAAAUCGGCUGACUGGACUCACUUUGGAGGUUCUCCCCCUUCUGAUGAGAUUCACACCCUGCGUAACCAAUUGCUUUUGCUACACAACCAGUUAUUGUAUGAGCGCUUCAAAAGGCAACAACAUGCCCUUCGGAACCGGCGACUCCUGCGAAAAGUGAUCAAAGCAACAGCAAUGGAGGAACAUAAUGCUGCCAUGAAAGAUCAGCUAAAACUACAGGAAAAAGAUAUCCAGUCCUUGAAGCUUAGUCUGCAGAAAGAGCAGGCCAGGUACCACCAGUUUCAGGAGGAGCAUGAUAACAUAGUGGCUCAGCUUCACAGCCAGAUCCGACAGCUGCAACAUGACAGGGAAGAAUUCUACAACCAGAGCCAGGAAUUGCAGACCAAGCUGGAGGACUGUAGGAAUAUGAUUGCAGAUUUGAGGUUUGAAUUAAAGAAAGCCAAUAACAAGGUGUGUCACACAGAAUUGCUUCUCAGCCAAGUUUCUCAGAAGCUUUCCAACAGUGAGUCAGUCCAGCAGCAGAUGGAGUUCUUGAAUAGGCAACUUCUGGUUCUUGGGGAGGUCAAUGAGCUGUACUUGGAACAGCUGCAGCACAAGCAUGCAGACAAAUCAAAGGAAGUGGAGAUGAUGAAGGCUGCUUCUCGGAAAGAACUGGAGAAAGCAAAAUUUUGUGUUCAACAGCAAAGCCAGAGGCUUGAUGCCUCCCAGAAGCGGAUAGUCGAACUGGAGUCUCAGCUCUCGAAGAAAGACCACCUGUUACUAGAGCAAAAGAAAUAUCUGGAGGAUGUCAAAAUCCAUGCAAGAGGCCAAUUGCAAGCUGUGGAGAGCAGAUACAAAGCCCAGAAAAGAAUUACACAAGCAUUCGAGCUGGAGAUUUUAAAUCUGUAUAGCCGGUGGGAGAAGGAUAGCCUAUUGAAAAAACUUGACGAUGAAAAAACAGAAGCAGCUGAAGCAGCAGAAGAAAGGCUGGAUUGUAGUAUUGAAGGUUUUGCAGACUCAGUGACAGGAUACAGUGAAGAAGCAUUUGGUAGAAAUGGAGAGACCAAGCCUCCAAGCACACGGGGUAGCAGUAGUAGUAAAGGUGGCAGCAGCAGUGAGCUGUCCACCCCAGAAAAAUCCCAGAACCAGAGAAUGGGACAGUUCAGCAAUCGCCGGGAAGCAUCUAUGUUGCCGGAGCCCUCCACCAGUGUCCCACUAACUGUAGGCUCACUCCCCAGCUCUAAAAGCUUUCUUGGAAUGAAGGUGCGCGAAUUAUUCCGCAACAAGAGUGAGAGCCAGUGUGAUGAGGAGGGUAUGACCAUCAACAGUCUUUCUGACACUCUAAAGAGUGAACUGUGUAAAGAUCCAAGCCUGGAGGCAAAGGUUCCAUCAAACCUCGACAACCCGAGCCCCUCACCUAUGAACCAGGAAGGCAGUGUUGGACCGCUUCAUAUCAUGGACUACAAUGAAACUCAUCAUGACCACAGUUAAAAAGGAAGAUAGUCAAUCAGUGUUAUUUUCAUAUUCGUGGCAUAGAACAGGAGGCGUGAAUGCAAGUUUAACUAAAAGCUUUUGUUUCAUUGGUCUGAGCAGCUAGCUCGUGCAGUGGAAACAGGACUGAUGUAUUUUUACAUAAGAUGACUGCUGAAUGAAUGCAAAAUGGAUGUAGGGUGUGGAAUUGUAAUGCCCGGCCUAACUUUCUUUUGCUUCUGCUCUUGCAGAUCCCAUCAUUAGCAGUGUGUACUAAUUUGAAGGGGCAGCUGUUAGCAUUUAUAAGUAUUCUUUCCCUUCUCCUCUUCCCAAUGAGUGGUUGCAUCCUAUGAACUUGAGUGCAAUAUGAGGCCAAAUUAACCUUUGUGAAUCUACCUAUGAAUGCUUAGCGCUUUAUUUAGCUGAAAUGUCUCAGCAAGCUUCCAGUCUAGAACAGUUAAUUGUGUUGCCCUUGCAGGUGACUUUGGUUACGUUCUUCUGGAAUGAAGCAAAAACAAAGUUUCAAGUGCAUUCAUCUGAAAGUCUUUAUUUUGCCUGUUUGUUUUCCCCCAACUCUGGGCUUUAUUAGAUUGGACUUUGGCCAAUUGACUGAAUGGUUAAAAACCAAAACACAUCUGCAGACUAAUGUUGCAAUCACCCCAACUCAUAAUAAUUGUUUCUUAUGUCCUUAACAUUUCCUGGAAAAUUAUAUGUGAACAAACGUCCCUCCCCAGGAAACUGCAUACUAUUUGCUGAGGUCUUGUUAAAACACUAUUGCUUCUGAUUUUUUUCCUUGGGUGAGUAAGAGGGAUAUUCAUUGUUUGUCUAAAAAACUGGUACUUGUCUGACCUUAAAUUGUUCUGAGUGGAGGUGAAGAAUCUUAAACAUUUUUCUUUCCAGGAGUAGUUCCGAAGAUACCAGGCUUGACUCAACGAUCAUUGGAUAGACUCCCAAAGGAAAUCCUCCCCCUCCCCAUUACUAUUUCUCUCUUGGAUACAGGUGUCAUGUCAGUCCAGUUUGUGGCUAUUCACUUCUCUCCUUUUCUCUCUACCCUUCCCCUCCACUUUACUGUCCCAAGCAACUGAGCUUGCCAUUGGGCAAGUGUGUGUAGCUCAAAAAGCUGCACCCAAUCCUGCAGCCUUCCCAUGUUUGUUAUUUCCAUUGAAGUCAAUGGGGAGCCUUGCAUGUUCCGGAUUUGUGUCAGUCGUCAGACUCUUAGUUUCCUUCCUGUCAGAACAGAGAUUCACUAUUAGGAAAGAGAGAACGUCAUUUUUAUGAGACUGUGGUAUGUCUGGAUCCAGGAUCACUUAGUCUGUAACAUGAUCUUUUCAGACUUCAGAGUUCCAGUGUACCAGUGUCAUUUUGUUCUGGUAAGAAUAUUUUGAAAGGUAAAGUAACUACACUUAUAAUCUGUUUUUCUAGCUUGACCUAGUCUAAAUGGGGAUAAAACUGAUCAAAGCAGACUGGCAUUCUGCCAACCUGACAAACAGCUGCUGUGACUUCCUCUCCCCCCCUCCCCCCACCAGACAAUACCUUCCCUUCCAUUCCACCUUUCUCUUAAAACUUAUGGUCUAAAUACAUUUCUACUUUCAGUAUCUCAGACAACCCUGACUCUGAAAGUAAAGGAGAGCUUUAGUUUUGGCAAAGGUUGAACCUGCAUAGGAAAUAAUGUCACUUACCAGUGAUAUUGACUGGUUUUGUAGUUGCAUCUGUAUUUCUAAGACUUAGUGGUAGCUGCAAUAGCAAAUGAGUGAAGACUCAAAGGCUUCAUAUCCUACUCACCCAGAAGAGAACAGUUUGCACAUUGCCCCUAAAAGGGCUAGCUCAGCUGUUGAGUACAGUUCUGUUACAGGAAUCAAUUAGAAACCCCUCGAGUUUGGCAAAUCCCAACAGCCUGUUCUGCCCAUGGUGACUCAUUUUAUUUAGUGGAGGGGCUUUUUUUUUUUUUAAGCAAACAUGCCCUGGAGCAAACCAAAGCUCCUAAGUAGGCAUCCUUUUCUCUUUUUAAAGGAUGUUAGCACUGGGGUGGAAUCAGAAACCGCUUUAGAAGGUUUAUCUAUGGACCAUGAUGAUUAUGGAGGAACAAAUUUUGCCAUUGUUUUUGUAAAUCCCUAAAAUUAUGGAUCUACUGUAUGUAGUAACUUGCAUUUUGUUUAAAGGGAUCCAUCAGUGAAGUGGAGACAGAUUUUUUUUUAACUGACUGCUUUUAGUUAAAUCUAAAAUUCUGUCUUUGUCAAAAGGUAAUCUGUUCCCUGCCUCGCUCUUUGCAAGCAUGUUAAACAAUCUACAUUAAAUGCCAUAAAUAUGAAAUACAAGGAAAAAUGGUACAAUCUAAGCUAAAGAGAACUUUAAACCAAAAGGAGGUUUUGCUGUCCUUAUUAGAAUGUUCUAAAAUGUCAAGGCAGUUGCUUGUGUUUAACUGUGAACAAAUAAAAAUGUAUUGUUUUGCACUA